GUGGAAUGGAUUCCCGAGAGUAUUUUGAAGCCUUCAAGUCGCAGGUAGGUCACGCGAUCUUCUUUUCCUCUUCACCUUAAAAGCAAAUUUCACGGUGAGUUGUUACAUCUGCGCGAGACUUGUUUAUCCAUUGCCUCCUACGCAAUUUUCCUACACAAUUUUGCGGUUCUGUGUAAGUUGUUGCAUCGAAACCAGAAUUCGAUGCUACAUUGCACCUUGUCCGAUGAUGAUCGAACCAACUCUUCAAGCGCUUCGUUUUGUCGUCGAGAAAUGUUGAGCUGAUUUGGCACGACGAGUAUUGUUUGCUUUGUUGCAUGUGCACUGGAUUUGUAAACGGCGGGGGGCAGGAGGGAAGGGAGGAAGCGGGAGAAAAAGAGAGGUGAUGAGUAUGGAGAGCUUGCGACGGGGAGAUUGCGGCUCUUCGUUUGUCGAGGACGUGCUUUCGCAGCAUCCUGCUAUGUUUGGAAAGGUGCUGUCCAAUGCUUCUCACUUCCGCCUCCAAGUGCUGGUGUCAGUUCCCGUUGACGCUCCCGAUGGCCGCUCUCGCCUUGUCCGCCAUGGCUACCGCGUCGAUGAGGAGUAUUUCUACCCUGCGAGUGCAAUUAAAAUGUGUGCUGCGGUUACAGCGUUACAAAAGCUCAAGCAUCUUCAAUCUUUACUCGGAAUAAACGUCGAUUGCUGUACUCCAAUAGCUCUUUGCUCGCUGUUCGAGGGAACUAAGGAUGAUCGCACUGACCCAUCAAACAACAGCCAGAAUCUAAUAACCGUUGCUCAUGAAAUUCGCAAGAUUUUUCUGGUUUCAGAUAACCAAGCCUUCAAUCGGCUUUUUUCUUUCGUCGGACAUCGUACAAUCAACGAAGCCAUGUGGAACUUGGGUUUGCAGAGUACAAGACUGCAUCACCGGCUCUCUGAGACUAGGUCCAUUGCUGCAAACCUUUACAGUGAACCUGUUGAUGUAAAUGUAGCAGUCACUGCCCUCACAUUACUACCAAAACGCAGUGGACUUGCUCUCCAAGAUAACAGUGGUCUACCGGGAGUAAAAGUUGGGACUGCUUACGUAGCAGAUGACGGCCGUGUGGUUUCUGAGCCAAUGGAUUUCUCCAAGAAAAAUUACAUGAGUUUGAUGGAUCAACAGGAUCUUUUGAUAAAACUUGUCCGACCAGACAUAUUGGCGGAUUCGUCAGGCUUAAGUUUGGACACAGCCAUGCGUAUGUUUCUAAUGGAGGCGAUGGCCCAGUUUCCAUCUCAGAGUGCAAAUCCUAAGUACGAUGGUUCGGAUUAUCCUGAUGACUAUUGCAAGUUCUUUCUUCCAGGUCUCUCAAGAAUUAGACCCAAGGGAGCCUUGCGCAUAUUCAACAAAAUCGGGAGAGCCUAUGGCUUUACAAUAGAUAAUUCGUACGUCUUCGACGUCGAAACAGGUCGAAGUUUUUUCUUGACAGCCGUUCUUUAUACUAAUGCUAAUGGAGUUCUAAAUGAUGACCAAUAUGAGUACGAAUUUGCAGAUCGCAUCUUUGCUGAUUUGGCAGAGGUUUUGGGAAGAGCACUGUGGCAAAUACCCGACUAUUCAACCACUUCGUCUAAUUCAUUGGACUGCACGCCAUCAUCCCUUUGGGAAAAAUUUAGCAAGCCUUUGAUGACCUCCGCAUCCUGUCAAACCAACGUAUUCGUUCAGAGAACACAAGAUUCAGACUUACCUGCGAUGGAGAAGACCCACGUUAUUGGCCAGCCCUUAAUCCAGCUUGCGCUACAUGAAGAAAGGCACUCUCUUCCUCCAAAAUCUCAUGGGCAGGGACUGUGCGAGCAAAUCUCCUCAAAUCCUGUUGUAUCUAAAGCAGUGGCUCUCUGUGGUACUAAUGCGAAACAGAGCAAUUCAAACUGCUCUUCAGUAAUACUGCCUGCUGCUACUAAACCAAUGGAGGGUUACGAAACCAGUUUCUCAUGUGUGAGAGAUCAACAGUGCAACUCUUCUGACAUUGUGCUGCCGAUGAUGCAGCUUUCAAGCUGUGAUGUUGUUUCCACCUCAAUUUGUGCCAAAGUAUUCAAUAGGAGUGUGAAGUCUUGCUACAAAUAUUUUCUGGAUGAAUAGGAAGUAUCAGUUGUCUUGUAAGAUAACAUUCCGCUGGAUGUCACUUGCAGCACGCUUGCUGAUUUCAUCUGAAGGGGAGAGUUCUAUGUUGCGGCAUCUAUCUCUAGCAGGAAAGAACUUAGAGCUUUCAGUUUGGAGCGUAGCCCUCUCUGAAAGCUGGUACCGAUGUUUAUUACACUAAUGGUGUGUGAGUGGUUCAACACUUCAUAUGAAUGGAAUACUACUCGAGAGAGGAUUAGAAGGUCGCAA